ACGGUGCGUUUUAUUUAGAAAAAAGAUGGCUCGUUUCAGCAAACUUUUUCUCUUCCUGGGUCUGUUGCUGAUAUUCCAUGCCGCCUACUCUGCAGUUCAGCAUCGAUCGUUUCUGAAGUUAGCGGAGGAGGAAUACACAGGGCUUCCGAGUGACAUUGGUGCGGAGUGUCUCUUAGCCAGUGUCCUGAUGUGUGUGGGAGUCGUAACAAUGGUUGGCAGAUUCAGAGACAUAAAACUCACCACGGAGCUCAACAAGAGGACGUACGAGAUGUCCAGUAACAGAGAUGCCUUCAUGACUUUUAACCACCGUGGACACAGUCUUUACCCCGUCCUCGGCUCAAGAUAGCACAUAUCAAGACCUCUUGCUUCUCCAUUCACCGUAUAACUUUCAGCUAUCAUCUCACUCACUCAAACAAACACCAUUUAUGUGUGACAUUGUACAUGAUAAAAACGGGUCCGUAAUACUAUUCAGCGUUCUAGUCUCCAUCGCUGCUGCUACUGCUGCUUGCCGAGAGAUUAUGUGCUGAAGAAGUAGAAUGUUCCGGAAUUUCUCUUUUCCCUCUUCUCCUCCCCCUCCCUCUCUUUCCUCGUCUAUCAACCACACUCUCCCACUCAUCAUCAGAACUGGAGGAACUGAUGGUGAUCUUGGAUUUCUUAGGAUCUGGUGGGGCAGGUACAUCCGGGCUCUUAUCUCUGUCAGUUAUUCUGGCAACAACAUUCCUCAGUCUCUUGCUGGUGAUAGUUGAAGAUAAGGCAUUGGGGAGAGACGGCGUGAAGUAUGAUGUAAUCCUCCUCUGUAUAAAAUGAUGUCAUCAUGACAUCACUUGAAAUGGGUUUGUCCACGUGUACCUCUCUGUCGCUGGCUCUUUUCAGGACAGGUAGAAGUACAGAGUCAACUCUGUCCUGAUUCCAUCCCACGUGUCCUGACAUGAACCUGGGAACUAGUUCAGGACACUGUUUCUAUACUUAGCAACACGACGAUGUCACUGGUAAAUAUAGUAGCAGGAUACUUUCUAAUGAGGUCG